AUGUCCCAGAGCCGUCAUCUCAAUAAUUUUUUGUGCCUCAAAGGGAAGUUGUUAGAGGGCCGGUGUUUGUGUGCGCGUGGGAAUCCAGAGUGUGCCCUUUUUUCGUUAAGACGCUCCAAGCGCCUGACCACAUCGUGCAUUUGUGCGUGUGACGAGAGGUUUGCUUUGACUGAGGCUGUGGCUGUGGAAAUGUCCCUCAACCGCAAGUAUAGCAGUGCGAAGGACCGUGGGCCCACUAUUGUUAUCCCUAACAUACCAAAAAUUACUGACAUACGGUCUCGUGGGAAGCUUAUGUGUGAGUAUGAGAAAUAUGAAGCGGAGUUAUUCAAGCACCACCUUGGCCCGCCGGACACAACGUGCACAAUGAGCGUCAAGCAGGCUCCUACGGAUUUCGAUAGACGCGUCCCGGGGAUGGAUGAGCCAACAGCAGCCGAUCUCCUCCACGAAAGACGCAAGACUCGAGGUGGGGCCAGGUGGGGAUUGGAGAAAAGAUUUGGAGCACCCGUUUUCGCAGCAGGUGGCACUGGGGGAAACACUAGCACAAAGCAACAAGCUGCUGGUAGGCAUGGGAGUGUGCCAUACUCUGCAGCGGAUGGAGGAAAUAGUAGGGGGGCACUACCCGCGGUACCAUCGGUGACACCCCUAGAUGUUUCUACUAAUAAUCCUCCCAAUCAGCAGGGCACUGCUGGUAAUAACCGAGAUAAUACGUCAACGUACUCACCAUUGUCAAUACGCGCGCCUGAAGAGGACCCUGAGGAUGUGCUUUCUUCAUCAGCGAGAAGGAGGGGAACAAAAGGACAAAGGGUUUCGCUUCAGGUACCGCGGCGACCACCACAAGGUGCUGAUCCUACGGUGAAAAUCGAGGAAGCGGAGGGGAAGGAGCCUUUAGGCCGUACGCAAGAGGGGAAGUCCAAAGGGGGCCGGCGGUUUCGUAGUUUGCCGAGACGGGCACCGCUUCGUGUGCAGUCUCCUUUGUUUGAUACAGAGUUUUUGGCUCCUGGAGGUUGUAAUUGGACUGUGUGUACGGGACAGGACUACUCUUCGUGGAACGCUGAGCAUUGCGCGGAGGUUUUACGUGUCCUCCUGAAACCCCCACCGGAGUAUGGUGAAUCCUUCAAAGUAGACAUGAGCCACACAGACCUUCGCUGGAUGUGGAACGGACGUAUGCCCAAGAACUUCACAUCAUUGCAGUCAUGGCGAGUAGAAGAAGUGAAGGGCAGAGUUGUUCCUGUUGUCAAUUCACCGCGCUCCGCUCUUGUAAUGCUGCGCUGUGGUAUCACAGUUCCAGACUUGUUAGUUCACGAGAUAGGGGAUGACGCUCCACUUCUUCCAACGGACCCUGAGGACCGUACAAUGGUGAAGAGUAUUCGUAUGAAGCAACAUAAAGCAUCAGUUAUAUCAAUCUUGGAGCAGGUGCGAAAUGAGUACUGCUCGUUAUGUUGCGCAGUAAGCCUCCCGGAUCUAGUUGAGGCGUUUCGUAGGAAGCGGCAGGUCAAUAUUGAGGUGGCUAAGUCUGCAAUGAUACGGGAUGCUCUGGAGAAGCAGAAGCGCUUGUUUGAGUGUGCCGAGAGGAAGUUAGAGGUUGAGGCUAACCGUGCAAAGAACUUACAAGAGCGGGAGCGAUUGAUAGAACUCCGGAACGAACGACUACAGGAAAUGAUGAUGGAGAAGGUACGACGCAAGAGGGAAGAGGAUCUCAUCGCGCAGCAAAACGCUGCUGCUCGAAUCAAGCUUCAGCAAGAACGUAAUGCCGAACGGGAGAAGGAAUAUCAGCGGGAGUUGCAGGAACGGCUUGAACGCGCCGAGGAACGGACCGCCAGGCAGCAGGCUGCGCGGGACCACCUGUUGGAACAGCGUCGUAUUCGGCGGAAGAAAAAUGCUGAGGAGCGGCAGGCACGAAUAGAACGUAUGGCAGAGAUGCAGGAGCAGCAAAGUGAAAUACUCAGGCGGAAGUAUGAGGAGAGGGAUGCAAAAGUACAGCUUGUGCAAGAGGAACGAGAACGCAAACAACGGGAGGCACAAGAAUUACUUGCCGCGAGGGCCGCCAAAUCGCAAGAGUUGAGGGAGCAGGCGCGUCAGCGAGCCCUGCUGCGCGAAGAAGAGGUGCGCCAGGCCGCGCUUGGACAGCAACAAGAGGUGGAGAACCGUCUGCGGCAGCUCACUAAGCAACGGGAGGAGGAGGUUGCGGAGCGUGCGAAGAAAGAGGCCGAGAAGCGAGAGCGUUUGAAGGGCGUGCUUACGUUGACCGCAGAGAAGCAAAUCAGUCUAAAGGAGGUAUCUUUGAAGAAGCAGGAAAAAUUCAAGGAACGCCAUGAUGAGAUUCAGCGCCACCAGGCGGAAGAAAUCAUGCUUAAACGCGAGCGUGAGCGAGAUCUCAUGGAGGCAAAAGCCUUUGCCGUGCUUCAAAAGAAACGUGUCGCUGAAUUUAACAAAGUAGAGGUGGUAUUGCAACUAAUUGCUAAGCGUGAGGCAACCGAAGCUCUCGAAACUCAGCGUGAGAUGCUCCUCCGCGAGAACUUUAAGAAUCAUGCAACCUUGACACAACACAGGAAAUCGUUGAAGGAGGAUAUUGCUAGAAAAAAGUCACUACAGGGAUAA